AUGGCGCUCCGCAGCCUGCAGGCGGCAGAGCGCCCGGCGGCCCGAGGAGCCUCCUUCGCCUCCUCUGUCUUCAACCUGAUGAACGCCAUCAUGGGCAGUGGGAUCCUGGGCCUUGCCUACGUGAUGGCCAGCACAGGAAUAGUCUUAUUUUGCGUCCUGCUGGUGCUGGUGUCCAGCCUGGCUGCGUUCUCCAUACACCUCCUCCUGAAGCUCUGCGACCAAACCGGUAUUAAUUCAUACGAAGAUCUGGGAGCGAAAGCUCUGCAGAAACCAGGGAAAGUCCUGGUUGGAACUGCAAUCCUCCUCCAAACAUCGGCGGUGACCAUGUCAUCCUACUUGUUUAUCUUGAAGUUGGAGCUUCCUGCUGCCAUCAGCGGCUUUCUGAGCCCGGACAGCCCAGGAGGUGCCUGGUAUGAAAAUGGCAGAAUCCUUGUGGUCCUCAUCGCAGUCCUCAUCAUACUUCCUCUGUCCCUGCUGCCCAAAAUCGGCUUCCUGAGCUACACCAGCAGUCUGUCCUUUUUCUUUAUGCUCUACUUUGCGGUUGUGAUUGUGGUGAAGAAGUGGUCCAUCCCCUGUCCCCUGCCGCACAACGUGACCACACCGUCAGGUGCUUUCCAGAUAUCAAAUUCCUCCGACCCAGAAUGCACGGCCGAACUGUUCGUCGUCUCCCGUCAGAGCGCCUACGCCAUCCCCACCUUGGCCUUCUUCCUGUGCCACACGGGUCUGCCAAUCUACUGCGAGCUGGACGGUCAGCCGACCAAAGCCAGGAUGCAGAAAGUUUCCAUUGUCAGUAUUAGCCUCAGCUUCCUGCUGUACCUCAUCUCUGCCCUGUUUGGCUACCUCACUUUCUACGCCCAUGUGACCUCUGACCUGCUGGUGGGAUACGAUGACUAUUUGAAACAGGACAUCAUGGUGUCGACCGUCCGGCUGGCCAUCCUCCUGGCUGUGCUGCUGACUGUGCCACUCAUACAUUUCCCAGCCCGUAAAGCUGUGAUUUCGGUGCUCUGUGGAGAUCGGCCCUUCUCCUGGCUGACCCACGUCGCCGCCACGCUCUGCAUCCUGACCGUGGUGCUGCUGCUCGCCAUCUUUGUGCCGAACAUCAGGGACCUGUUUGGAGUCAUAGGAUCAACAACAGCCAGCUGCCUGCUGUUUGUUUUUCCGGGCAUCUUCUACCUCAAGAUCAGCCGCCAGCCGCUCAGAUCUGUUGACUCCGUCGGGGCUGUUCUUCUCGUGGUCUUCGGCCUGAUUAUGGGCGUCAUCAGUUUCUCUGUCAUUGUCAUCACAUGGGUAAAGAGCUCCUAACCUCGCCUGGGCCUCUUUCCUCCAAUCAAGAGCAAGAGCAAAGAAAGGGAACCAUGUGUCAAAGAAACCUAAUACGGAGUACAGAGAAGGGAAGAGAUAAAUGUUCACCAGCGUCUCCUCAGGCACGCCUUUUAUGCCAAAGUUGUUCUCAACACUAUAUCAGUGUUUUUUGUUUUCACCAGUUCUUCUAAAUGAUCUCUGCAUUGAUUUGUAAGCUGGAGUACAUUCAGUUUUCAUGCACUUUAUGCAAAAAAAAACACAUGAACAUGUGGGUGAAGCCUCACAACCAAAACUAUGUACUGUUUACUGCUUUUUAAAAGGAAUGUUUUGUGAUUUCCACAACUUUGGUUUCAUAAUAUAUUUUAUUUUCUGUGACUGUAGAUGCUUAUGAAGUACUUUGAAUCUCUCUUUUUAUUGGUUGUUCAUUUCCUUCUCAUAGCACAGGAGAAACUGCUUUUUAUUUGUCCGUCAGCUCUAUAAAAGCUGAGAAAUCUGUUUUUAAAUGUUAAUUACAGUGAAAGUAUAUCAUGUGGUUUGUAUUGCACAAUGAUAAAAUGGCUGUUUUUGAGUUACUGGCUUUGUGUUUAUAAGAAAAUAACACGUCACUUUGCACUUUCCACCACAGAAACGUCUUUAUCGGUGUGGAGGGAAGCUGAUCAGUCAGAUGUCCGUGUGUUUGACUGGCAGGGCCGCUCCAUGCUUUCAGUCUGCAGCUAACUGAAGCCACAUGCUCUGUACGUUUCUAAUCAUGAUGCUGUUUAGAUUGUCUCCAUGCUGCCUCUGGAAACCACCGCCACCCCACUGCUGCUUUUAAUCUAAGGAAUUAGGCAGGUCCGCCCGCCGUCCCUGCAGAAAGCAGUGGCUGCCCAGUUUUCACGCCCCCUCCCUCCCUCCCUCCCGCUCACCCGCCCGGCUUUAAAGAAGGCUCUGAAGCAGAGGAAAUAUCCCCGGCCCACAUGGAUCCUUCCAGAAAGAAAAGAGACUGUAGGUGCAGUCAGAGCCGGCCGCUUUUUCAGCUUUCACAUGUUAGACUGCAGUGAAUGUGCCAAUAAGCCGUCCGGCAAUCUUUUAUAUCGUUUUGUCUGACUUGACAUGACAGGAGGCUGCAGGAAGCUGAAUAAUCCCCAGCUCACUGCAGACCAAGGACCAGUGACCCUCAAAUAAUGUGUGGAAGCCCAGCAGCGUCGGGAAAACAUGCAAACUCCACACAGUUCAAACCCAGGGUGUCCUCCCUGUGAGGGAAGAGUGCUAACCACUGCACCACCAUGUGGUUACCAUUAUAACCAGAAAAUGUCCCAUUUCAAGUCAUGCAUGGCAAAAUCUACUUCAAAAACCACUUUCUCAAAUAUUUAUUUGUGCAAUUUCGACAAAAUCAGAAUAAGAUGCUGGUAUUAAAUAAGGAAUACCAAAACAACAUGAAGAAAUGCUCUUUCUUUCUAACGUUUCAUUAA